AUGAAAAAAACCAUAAAUGAGCCACUGGAUGGUCUAGUCAAUGAAUCUGAUUUCCUAGACUACGUAGCUGUUUUGGAAAACUGCACUGAUGAGCAGCAAAUCUUAUUCAAGAUGCAGUACCUCCCUGCGAUCUACAGCAUCAUCUUCCUUGUGGGCUUCCCGGGGAACACGGUGGCGAUUUCCAUCUACAUUUUCAAGAUGCGACCCUGGAAAAGCAGUACUGUCAUCCUGCUGAACUUGGCCUUGACUGACCUGCUGUACCUGACGAGCCUUCCUUUCCUCAUCCAUUACUACGCGAGCGGUGAACACUGGGUCUUCGGGGACUUCAUGUGCAAGUUCAUCCGCUUCGGCUUCCACUUCAACCUCUACAGCAGCAUCCUCUUCCUCACCUGCUUCAGCAUCUUCCGUUACGUUGUCAUCAUUCACCCAAUGAGCUGUUUUUCUAUUCAGAAAACGCGGUGGGCGGUGGUAGCUUGUGCGGGGGUGUGGGUCAUCUCUUUGGUCGCUGUCAUGCCUAUCACUUUCCUGAUCACAUCAACCACCAGGACCAACAGGUCUGCUUGUCUUGACCUCACCAGUUCAGAUGACCUCACUACUAUCAAAUGGUACAAUCUCGUUUUGACUGCCACCACUUUCUGCUUGCCCUUGGUGAUAGUGACGCUUUGCUACACAACAAUUAUCAGCACCCUGACUCAUGGGCCUCAGACCCACAGCUGCUUUAAGCAGAAGGCCCGGAGAUUGACCAUCCUGCUGCUCCUAGUGUUCUAUAUAUGUUUUUUACCCUUCCACAUCCUGAGGGUCAUUCGGAUUGAAUCUCGCCUGCUUUCCAUCAGCUGCUCCAUCGAGAGUCACAUUCACGAAGCUUACAUUGUUUCUAGACCAUUAGCGGCCCUCAACACCUUUGGAAACCUGCUGCUGUAUGCCGUGGUCAGCAAUAACUUCCAGCAGGCAUUCUGCUCCAUAGUGAGUUGCAGAGCCAGUGGAGACCUUGACCAAGAAAAGAAAGACAGUUGCUCAAACAACCCUUGA